GAGGCCCCGGAGUAGUCCGGAGUCCGGAGCGCCAUAGUGAUUCGCAAUCCCUGUAAUGGUGGUUCGUAGCAGCUUCGUAAACACAGGAGGAUCCGGAAACGUUCCCGGCUAGGCCGUCGCCCGCGACAACAUGUGAAUUUCGUGAAACCGGCGUCUCUCGGAUCCCCCCGUGAUCGCCGCGACUGCUCCGUAGCGAGAACCUAACCUAACGAAAGCCUUUCAAGCGACGGUGAGUUUCACGGCGGUCGACACCGCUGCUACUAUUCUCGUAUAAUCCGCUUCCUCAUAAACUUUGGUAUCGCUCGUCGUUCCUACGGGCGGAACGAUUUCUUUCACGGGCGAAGUCCUACACGCGUUUCCUCCCGGUCGAGUGUCCCCGGGGGCGGCGAGCCGCCACGAAAACGGAUCUCGCACGAUUUCCGUUCGAUGACGGUGUGUCAUAGGAGCGGCUCGUGUUGAUCCGACAGCAUCAGGCCAUCAGGCAUGCACCUAGUGCAUGCGGCGCAAUCAUACGCGCGCGAUCUUGUUCGGGUGUGCGUACUUUCGUCCUACGUCGCGCCACCAUGAGCGAGGAGUCUAGGAAGAUAGUGACCAGGUUCCACCCCAUCCACGGCGAGAACAUCCUCCUAUGCGAGGACAGCACGGUGGCAGUGCGCACCACAAGCUUUGCCAACUCGGUAGCCUUCAGCGAGAAGCCGUUGCAGCCGGGGGAAAUCUUCCUCGUGGAGAUCGAGAAGACGGAGAGGGGAUGGAGCGGACACAUGCGGCUGGGUCUCACCCUGAUCGAUCCGGCUUCGGUCAACAACAACCUGCCUCAAUACGCGAUGCCUAAUCUGGUUCGACUAGGCAACACAUGGAUCCUCGCUAUAACUAGGAAUCAAACUAUCUGGGACAACUUUGACGGUGGUCUAUCAUCUACAUACACCUCUCUUACUGGUAUACCACCAGGAAUACCAGCCAGAGAGAAGAAACUGGUCACGGAUGGAGUCAACGUGCAAACGUCGCGUGGUGUUAUUCCCUUCAACGCUCUCAAGCCAAAUAUAGACGGUUCUUCCCAGUGCAUCCUGCCUACGGAUGCGGGCAGUCGUAUCGGUAUCAUGUAUGUGCCGCAAGCUGGUUGUCCCGAUAAGGCAGAAAUGCAUUUCAUUAUCAACGGCGAGGAUCAGGGUGUAUGCGGAAAGGAUAUUCCUUAUAAGGCGGGACCCUUGCGCGCGGUGGUGGAUGUCUACGGUACCACGAAACAAGUUCGGAUAGUUCAACUGUAUGGAGCAGUAUCAACGCUACAGAGUGCAUGCCGCGACGCUAUAUUGCAAUACACCAAGAGAAAUGCAGUUAAUCUGCUCCCUUUGCCGAGACUAUUGAAGGACUAUUUGUUAUAUCAAUCACAGUGAGAAUCAGCUCAUUCCGUUUUCGCAUAUAUGUUUAGGAAGCAGUACCCGUUAAUUUCUAUAUCUUUUUCCCAGUGAUAUUUUCAGUGUUUAGUAUAUAUAUGCGUAAUACAUGUUCUAUUAAUUAUCGAUGACUGCCGGUACAUGUGUCGACUCGAAACGUUCGUACGAAUUUAUUUGUUUCUAUACAUAUCUUUUCGGAAGUGUAUACGAUAGAAACGGUUGACAUCUACGUAACGAAGGUUUGUUUUACUCGCGCGUUUUGAAGAUUUUUCUGAGGUGGAAAUACUAAAUCAUGAUGUGUACAUAGUGUAACGAAAUGUUGAUCGCUGCAAAGUCGAGAAAUUCAGCGAGAUCGUAUUGAAAGUUUAACUGUAAGUAUCAUUCGGAAAUGAUCAUUUAUGAGACGUGAUGACGCCAUACAUAAAAGUUAGGUAUAUUUUCGGGCAGUUACUUUCGCUCUACCUAUAUUUGCUGAGUUCUCUAUUUAUUAUAAGAUACGUAGGGUUAAGUUGCAAUUGACACUGUUGUUAAAUAAACAAAAACGAAGGAUAUUAAUAUAAGUGUCCAAAGCAAACUUGUUUUACAAAAUAAAGAUAUUUAUAAGAAGAAAAAAAGAAAACUAUCCCAUCGACAUUAGGAUCCAAUCUAUCCAAUCGAUGUAUAUCCUAUAUAACAUUAUAUAAUAUGUGCAUAUCUUGUAUAUUUUUUACUUGUUAUAAAAUUACAUCAUUUAACAACA